GCAGGCUGAAGCCCCUGGACGUGGCCUUCAUGAAGGCCAUCCACAACAAGGUGAACAUUGUGCCCGUCAUCGCCAAGGCUGACACCCUGACGCUGAAGGAGCGGGAGCGCCUGAAGAAGAGGAUUCUAGAUGAGAUCGAAGAGCAUAGCAUCAAAAUCUACCACUUACCUGAUGCAGAGUCAGACGAAGAUGAAGAUUUUAAGGAGCAAACCAGGCUUCUCAAGGUGAGGACACUGUCCCUGGCACGAGAUGGGAGUGGCCUCUGGGCUGCGCCAGGCCUCUGUCCUGGUGGCUACCAGUAAAUGCCCAGAGGACAUCAUGGUCCUGUGUGUGUCAGACGGACUGUGUGGUUCAACUUGGGCAUCAUUUUCUUUUCCAGCACUCACAUGCAGGACCUUCAGGAGGUGACCCAGGACCUCCACUAUGAGAACUUCCGCUCCGAGAGGCUCAAGAGAGGCGGCAGGAAAGUGGAGAGUGAGGACAUGAAUAAAGACCAGAUCUUGCUGGAAAAGGAGGCUGAACUUCGCCGCAUGCAGGAGAUGAUUGCCCGGAUGCAGGCGCAGAUGCAGAUGCAGAUGCAGGCCGGGGACGGUGACAGCAGCACACAUGGCCACCACGUGUGAGAAAACAACUCCAAGAUAGAACGUUCCAGAUGAGUCGCACAGGGAUGUUUCCCGUGAAGGCAGAGGAGGAGUGCCGUUGACAUCUUCAGCACCUGUACCUGAGAAUGCAACUUCUUUUUACAUUUUUAUGUGGUUUUUUUAUUACUGUUUUUGUUAUGAAGUACUGUAACAUUUGUUAUUUUGUUGCUAUAUUAUUCUUUCUCUUUGUGGAGUAAAAAUUUCACUUUCCUUCCUCCUUUACUAACGACCGACACAGAAUCGGUUUCCAAGUCAGCCCGGGUUCCACUCAGCAGUUGGGUUUCCCAGCUCUCAGCCCGCCUGACUGACCGCGUGUUGAGAAGCAGGCUUGUUGAUGUGUAGAAACAAAUUCUCAUUGAUUCCGGGUGGCCCUGGGUGCUGGACACCCGGCAGUCCCUGGUGGCAAGGGCGCCAGGCCCCUGCCACCAGUCUGCUAAGCAGGUUUUGCAGCUAUAGCCCCAAGUUGUCACUUCUCUGCACAAACUCCUUCUGCCAAGUAAUAGAACAGAUUCUCUGACGAAAUGCAGGUUUCUACCUUUUAAAUUUAAGAUUCAAGGCGAAUUUAUAGAAGUGCCCUGCCUCUGCCACUCACCCUUCCACAGCUGCCGUGGCCAACAGUGCACGGUGGGAACUAAGCCCCCCAUGGUCCUCUUGACCUGCCACCAAGGCUCUCGUCUGCACAAGGGGCAGCAGGCAAGGUCUCUACUCCGCCAUUUUAAAGAUACCUUUGAAAGAAAAUUAACAUUAAUUUGGCCUUUUGAGAAAUCAGCCUCUUGUACUUUUUAUACUGCACUUUACUCGGUUUUGCUGUGAUGCCUGUAUAGGAGAUCCUCCCAGCAAUGGGACUUGGAGUUCUGUGAUGGGAACCCCAUCUGGUCACCAGGCAGUCACGAUCCAAAGUGCCUUCUGCUGCUGGCAUCUCGGUGGUUUUCCAGUGAGAGGCAAGUGGCGGUGUGAUUUUGUACCUUAAUUUCCAGCCAUCAUUUCCCUUUAUUUUGUGAAAUACAGUUCUCAGUCAUAGCCAGUGAGCCUCUAUCCUAUGGGGUAUGCAAAGCUCUGGGCAUGGAGGUGUGUUCCCAGAAUGAGGUACCAUGGCGCAGGGUAGUACAGGCUAUUAUUCAUCUAGGUUUGGUCCAAGUGUAGAGACAGACAACGACUAGCUUUGGGUGGGAUGUGGGCAGUUGUUUUGGCCAGAGAUUGAGGUGGCCAAAUCCAGCACUAAUAAAACCAUACUUCUGAAAAUACGCGUCACUCCGCUAAAUCCCCUCCUCAGUUGAGUGGCCAGGACUGUUUCUCAGGACACAUCAGCCAGAGGACGUUAUUGGGCUAUUUAUCAACUAACCAUCAUAGAAAAACCUUAAAAAGCGGUCAGAAAGCAUUUGCAAAUUGUCAGUUUAUACCCUCUCUCUGUUUAAGAGAAAGUACUAGUUGGGGCCCACUGCCCCCUAGUACUGGCUCUGCAGGGCUGGCUGGCUACACUUAGGACUUUGAGCAGAUUUCAAAAUUCACCCGGACUGGCUCACAGGUAGCAGUACUCUUGUUAAGAGAUUCUUGACCUAGAGACGUAUUUUGUUAACAUUUUACACAGCAAUUUUAUACUCAUUACAACUAACCUUUUAUCAAUAAAGCACUAUUGUUUAGA